GUGAACAAGACGGGAGGCCGGCUGCGUGUUCCGUGUGUUGUCAAACCUACGUCAAAAGUAAAGUAAAAGACGCGAAAAAAAUAUUUAACUUCCUGGAUGAAAUGAUCGGCACUCGGCUUUGAGAAAAGCGAAAGAAGAAUGAUGGACAGUGAUUUGAUUUCUAACAUCAAGUCGGCCAUCGAGCAAGGCAGGUCGGACAUAGUCCGGACUCUGCUUGAGGCCUGCGACAAAGGGCAGGAAGGUUUAACGAAGGACAAGGUUUUGAACUCGCCGCUCAUUGACGGAGGAACGCUUCUUCUUUACGCCACUAAACUCGACCAAGGCGAUGUAGUGCGUACUCUGCUCUCUGCUGGAGCCGACCCCGGUAUUCAAAACUCAGCUGGUGAAAAUGCCCUGGAUACAGCUGGCACUAUCCAUAUGAAGCAGAUUUAUGUGGAUGAACUUCUCAGGGCUACUGGAACAUCUGACGUUGGUCGUGUUUGUCAAUUGAUUGCUGCGGGCUUGAGUGUGAAUUCGUAUGAUAGCGAGGAGAGCAGAAACACCCCUUUGCACUGGGCUGCUUCAUACGGAAACCGGGACAUUGUCUCUUGCCUUAUUCAUCGUGGAGCAAAUGUCAAUGCCAUGAAUUCGUGUGGUGCCACUCCACUCCAUGAUGCAGUGUCUCAAAACAAUGUAGAAAUUGCCGAAGAGCUCCUACAGGGGGGUGCCAAUCCCCUUAUUCAAGCUGUGCGGGGGAAGUUUUCUGGUCAGACGUCUUUGGAUUUGGCUUGCAACAAAAUGGAACUUGCCUCUCUGCUAGACCGAUACACCACUUUCAACACAAAACCAAACAUGCCUCUCGACAUGAAUGGUGGUCUUUCAGUUGAAGCCAGUGGCAGGCUUCGGGCUGCUUCUGUCCGCUCCCUCUCAAGUGAAAUGUUUGAGAGCUUCGACAGUACAAGAAAAAUUUCCUACGCCCCAUUUUCACCAACCAGCCCUCUUAGCAAAGGCACCCUCAGCCCUCAGUUUGAACAUGUUGCGGAAAAACUGGCCAGCUGCAAUUUAAAAUCUCCAGUCACGCCCAUUGUGACAAGGACUAGUUUGCAACUGCUGUGGCCGCAGCCACAGAGGAUUCAGGAGCUGUCUGGUCCUAGUUUUGUGCCUGAUGGAAAGGUGCAUGUGAUGGUUCACCCAAGCACAGAACCUAUUUUAAAAAUUUUGGACAUUUGGGAAGCCAGCAGAGCCGCCCUGCAAGCGGUGAAAUUUUCCGUGAUGGUUGGAGGAGUACAUCCUCCAGGAGGAGGGUUGUCUAAUAAGGAAAUUAAUUCCAUUGAAUGCUGUGUUAGUGAUAAAAUUUUCUCGUCAGUCAACAUGUACCAGCUUCACAUCACAUCCAAUAUUAUAAAAAUAAGUGCUGGAAGCUUGUGUGCCUUGCACUAUGCCUUGGUCACUCUGACGCAACUAAUUCGUCUGAGCAGUGAUGAAGAUGGUCUGGCUCCAGUGAUCAUCCAGGACCACCCCGCGCUUAGUCAUCGUGGCGCUCUCAUUGACAUUUCACCGCUCAGCCGCAUUCCAUCUUUGGAGUGCCUUUUUAACAAAAUAGAGACCUGGUCGCAGUUGAAAAUGAACUACCUCCACCUGUACACCAGGCUUCGGCCUAGUUCUGAUUGGCAGCUCAGCUAUUCAAAAAGUGAACUGAUGAGCGUUGCUCGUUACUGCCAAGAUCGCUUCCUCACGUUGGUGCCUGUUUUGGAUGUCGAAGACUGCGUGGAAGAGUCACAGCUCUCACUCAUGUGGCCAGUGUUUCAGCAACUAGUUGCUAGUUUCCCUAACGUUGAGCUAAUUCACAUAGGGCCUCGCUUGAGCAGCCUGCUACUACCGCAACAAACACCAAAUGGUUUUAUCAAUGGUGAUAGUUACCAUGCGUACACUAAUUCGCUAGGUAUUUCAAAAGUUUGGCAUCUCCUCACUCUUCCAACACAUGUGACACUCAUGCUGUGCUGCAACAAUCUAGCGCAGAGUUAUGAUUUGCCACCAAAUGUCAUCUUGAUGGAGUAUGGAUUCCAGGCUGAUUAUGAUUUCUUGGGGAAAGUGAGACCUCAUCUUGAUGAAGGCAGGGCCAUAUGCUUGUGUCCUGGAACAGCAAGUUGGAACAGUCUUGCUGGAUGUCCUGAGGCAGCCCUUUGCAAUAUCAUGACGUCAGUGCAGGUUGCUGUUCAGUCAGGCACUCUGGGAAUUGUGGCUGCUAAUUGGUCAGGCCCUCAUCAUCUGACUCCAUAUCCAUUUUCUUGGCCUGGAUUUGUCGUUGCUGCGGGGCUCUCUUGGAACUCCAGUGCCCACUGGGAGUUUGUGCAUUCAUCAUUGGCGCCUUUACUUGAUGCACAUGUGUUUUUGGACACGCAAGGCCACAUUGGACAAGCAAUUCUAGAGUUGGGACACGCAGACACUUUGGCUCUGAGGGCUUCCAGAGGACAAGCGACUUCUGACCAAUCCGAUCUUCCUGCACCAACUUGUUCGCUUUUACAUUGCCUGCUCACAGAACCUAACAACGUUAGCCUGGAGUUCCUUACGCCAGAACUAUUUGCUAGAGUUACCAAGCAUGUGAAACGAUGCCAGGCUAGCCUGCUGAGGGCUCAUCUACAUUGCCAUUAUUCAGAAAUGGUGCUUCAAGAGUUGCAACUCACAGCAGACUUGAUGAUCACUGCUUGCAGGAUUGGCCGUGCCUUGCUCAGCGUGGGCAUGAACCCCAACAGCAACAUGGGUCUCUCUGUGAUAAACCUGGGAGUGACAAAUCUGCCUCCAACCUUCCGAACCGACAUUGCUAACAAGUUGCUGGCGCUGAUUGAACAGUACCGGGGCACUUGGUUGCAGCGCCAUUUGCCUGCAGGGCUGCAGACCUCUCUUGUAGCGCUGACCCAAGUGCUCAACAGCUUUGUCCCAGACGACAAUGUCAAUUCCUAAUUAUUCCAACAUUCAUUCUGCUGGUGCUUUAUUUGCAUUCCUGGAUUUCCUAAUAGGCACAGUUUUCAUUUAGGAUGUGCUGUGAUUAGUCUCAACACAAAAAAGAAUCAAAAUUUGAGUAUUUAAGUUUGCAUUUUGCGUGGCGGUUGUUAUACAGUCAUUUGUUAAAACAUCAGGUCAGUUGGUCGAUAAUUAAAGCAUUUUUGAAUUUGUA